AUGAAUUUGUUAUUUGAAAUACACUUACUGUUUCUAUUAUCCGCUAAGAAAGUUAGUUUUGUUGGCGCGAGUUUGUAUGAAUACCAACCGGAGCAAAUGCAUCUGUCGUUCGGAGAAACCGUGCGCGAUCUAGUCGUGACAUGGACGACAAAUCAAAGGACGAAUGCAUCCAUAUGCAAGUACGGUAGAAACGCUGUGGAAUCUACAAAAGUGAAUACUGAAAGUCCACGACUCUUCAUAAAAUAUAUACAUAGGGUGACGCUGAAAAAUCUUAAAGAAAACACUUGCUAUAAAUAUUAUUGCGGUAGCGAUUUAGGCUGGUCACGGAAAUAUUGGUUUUGCGUCCCACAAAAAAAUGAAAACUGGUCUCCUUCGUUGGCAAUUUACGGUGACAUGGGUCUUACUUAUGCAUAUUCCCUGCCAUAUUUAAGCGACGAUGUUCAAAAUCGUAUGUACAACGCCGUCAUCCAUAACGGUGAUUUCGCUUAUAAUCUCGAAAGCGAAGAUGGCGAAAGAGGCGAUUUAUUUAUGAAACAAAUUGAAAAUAUAGCCGCAUAUGUGCCAUAUAUGGUGUCAGUUGGAAAUCACGAGGCAGCUUAUAACUUUUCGCAUUAUCGUAAACGGUUCGCUAUGCCGGGCGAAUCGGAAGGUCUUUAUUAUAGCUUUAAUUUAGGUCCCGUACACUUUGUGGCGUUUUCAACCGAAGUCUAUUUUUACUUGCAAUUCGGCUAUGAACCAUAUUGCAAUCAAUACAGUUGGCUCGAAAAUGAAUUAAGGGAAUCGAACAGACCCGAAAAUCGGGAAAACCGUCCCUGGCUUAUAACGUACGGUCAUCGACCGAUGUAUUGUAGCAACGAUAAUAUCAAUGAAUGCUCAAUAAAGGAAAACGUAAUACGUACAGGCGAUCCUAAUAAAGAUUUAUUAGGCUUGGAGGAACUUUUCUAUAAUUACGGCGUUGAUGUUGAAAUAUGGUCACAUGAACACUCGUACGAACGUUCUUGGCCCCUAUAUAAUUACACAGUGUUAAAUGGUUCCUUAACUGAACCGUAUCGCAAUCCAAGAGCUCCAGUGCAUAUUAUUACCGGUGCUGCGGGGAACAUUGAAAGCCAAGACUCUUUCUCUGGAGAUUUGCCAGAAUGGAGUGCUUUUCGUAGUCAGGAUUUCGGUUACACUCGUCUCAAAGCUGUUAAUAAAUCGCAUAUGUAUUUUGAACAAUUUUCCGUGGAUAAAGAAACUGUUAUCGACAAAUUUUGGAUUAGUAAAGAUAGAGUGGAGCCCUACUUCAAGAAUGCAAAUCAAUCGUAUUAUAGUCAGUCGAUCGAUUCAAUUAGUUACUCGAAUUCCUUUUCCAAACAGAACUUGGUCUGCACAUAA